GUGUUGACAUAUCAUACGUAUAGUGAUGUAGUGUAUAGAAGGUGUUAAUAACAAUUUAAUAUUUUUGUGUUGUUUUAUUCACAUUUUUAUAAAAUAAAAUUCCAAUUUAAUGGUAAACAACAGUCGGAACGCACAAAAUAUUGAAAUAAUCGCAAAAAUUGGCCACUACUUUCACAGAAGUACAAGUGCAUCACUCGUCCACCGCGCAAUUUCAUACAACAAACGAAUGUUCAACAUUCCAUUGUGGCAUUCCAUUGACCAACGUUAACUUUAACGAAAAAGAGAUUUUAAUUUGCAACGUUGAACCAAAACCGUAAUCAAAAUGGUUUGGCUAGAAUCUUGCUGGUCUCCAUGCAUCUGGACAAAUUCCGUUAAAUCCGGAAGUUAUGCAAUCGCCGUUUACACAGCCGCUAUGUCCGUUGUUUUAAUAACAAUGGUUGGAUACAUGCUCUGCGGUGGCGAUUCGACACAGUUGUAUUCACCUCUAUUCGAAACAGACAUUCGACUAUCGAUGAAAGUGGUUGGGGCGUUGUUUAUAGUCUACUUCAUCGGAUUGAUUGCCGCUUCGUAUUUGAUUUAUUUCGGAAUUCGAAUCAGCACUCGAGGAUGGCUAUUACCAUGGCUAAUUAUGUUUGGCAUCGCUAUCCUCUUCCAACUGGUAUUCGGACUAUGGUUGAUUGGAGGCUACUACAUUUAUCUGGACGCAACAUACGCCUGUUUAGUCAAUUGGUGCUGGAUGGCGUACAACAUUUACUGUUGGAUGGUUGUAUACUCACAGUAUCAGAUUUUCGUCUUGAUACAGUCACCUAACAUUGAAUUGCUCAUGCCUUAUUAGCAUGUUCGAUGUUGAAGUGAAUCGGGUUAGUUAAGCAGUAUGGUCCAUUUAAACGAUGCACCAGAUGGAGCUAGUUCAUCAAUUAUCUCAUUAAGUAAUUUUAGUAUGCCAAACGUAACUUUGUAGACUCGAAACAUAUCUCACGCGAAAAGUACUGCCACGUUUUUCAUUUGACGCAUUUGACAUUCCAACGAAAAGAAAAAAAUUCUUCCCCAGACACGACGCACAUUACUUAGCAUUAUUGUUGAAAAUUAGACUUUGACCGACGAUCACAUUCAAAGAGAAGACAAAAAAAACAAAUAGAGAUCUGACGUAUCAACGAGAUAUUUUACAAAGUCUCCAGCCUUAGGUUUAAGUUAGUCGAGUAAAAGCAUAAAUUUUAAGCUUUAAAUUGUUCAAAAUGAUGUAAAUUCACGUACCGUCCAUUUUAUACACGAGAAAAAAUUAAAAUUUUGAGAAUAAAAGUUUUGUGA